GGCGCUGCGGUUGGGCGGCGGCGCUGCCGCUCAGCGCGGGGUCGGGGGUCAGAGUGCGGGCGUUUCAGAUGCCUCUGGAUGUUCAAUGAUAGCACUUCUCCAUACUGGAGCAGCAAAGUUUCCCCCAAACUUACUUUCAAGGUCAAGACAAGCUGUGUCCCCCCUCUUCCCAGCUGGUGUUCUCGAAGGGUUCUGCUCCAUCGUAAGCAGGAAACUGGCGUCCCACGGCUUUGGAGCUUCCAUGGCAGCAAUGUCAUCCUUCCCUCCACAGAGAUAUCACUACUUCUUAGUGCUGGAUUUUGAGGCUACAUGUGAUAAACCGCAGAUUCAUCCUCAGGAAAUCAUCGAAUUCCCUAUCCUGAAGCUGAAUGGCAGGACGAUGGAGAUCGAAUCCACCUUUCACAUGUAUGUUCAGCCUGUGGUGCAUCCCCAGCUUACGCCCUUCUGUACAGAGCUGACUGGGAUUAUUCAAGGCAUGGUGGAUGGGCAGCCGAGCCUCCAGCAAGUGCUUGAGAGGGUUGACGAGUGGAUGGCAAAGGAAGGCCUCUUAGAUCCCAGCGUCAAGUCGAUUUUUGUGACCUGUGGAGACUGGGAUUUGAAAGUGAUGUUACCAGGACAAUGCCAGUACUUAGGGCUGCCGGUUGCUGAUUACUUCAAACAGUGGAUUAAUCUGAAAAAGGUUUCCGUGCUUGAACUCUGCCUGCAGCCCAAGGAUUGAAUCUAUCAAAGUGGCUUUUCUAAGAACUGGCUGAAAAGUCUACAGAUAUGAUCCACUUUUGUUUAGAAAACAACCCAUCUUUUGCCCUUGUCUGGGCAUAAACUUCUCUUAUUUUGUAGCCUGCUGAGGAGGGCAGUUCUCAUCACUCUGAAGCAUGAGCCCAGCCAGGGUCUAUCCCAUAGUGCCUGGUUUUCCCAGUUGCCUAGGCACUGUCUCCUACAGACCAGGACCAUCUUCUCCUUGGGUGCUCUGACAGGAGUGCUGCUGCCACCUUUAUAAGGCAUCAAAGCUCCUGAGCAAAUGGCCAUUCCCAAGCUUGCUCAGUACCCAUCAAGCUCUCAGCAGUCCCUUCUGGGUGUCAGUAGGUGUGGUGGGACAAGAUGCUUUUAUUUACUGACAAACAUGCACCUUUCCUUCCUUGUGUUUGAUGUUGUGUUGCAAAACCUCAUAAUCAUGUUGUUUAAUGUUUUCCUGGACAUCGUAUCCAGCUGAAAUUGUAGGUCCCAGUUAUGGCUGAUGGAUCAGCUCCAUCCACCUCACCUUUUUUUGAGCCAGGACACUGGCAUUUCAACACUGCACUCAAAAUACCUUAAAGCAAAUUACUUACAUUAAGCCAUGCAAGAUGGACUGUAGUUGAGCUGUUGCCCCUCCUCCAAGCAUUGGUUGACAUCCGCAAUGGUUCUAGUUGUGUGGAGAUGAAAUGUCAAGGUACUGUUCUGCCCGUGCUCCUCCUGCGUGCAUCCUGCAGGUGUGUUUUUAAACAAACUGUAGAUACUUAUUGUAUGGUUUUGUGCCAGUUUCAGGAAAGCCUGUUCUCCGUGCUCUCCCAGUGUGGUAACCUCUGUCAGCCCGGCCCUGAUUGAUGCUGUAAAUAUUUGAGAGAUUAUUUGGGAUCUCUGCCUUGGCUGCGCUCCUCACUCAGGGAAGAGCUGUCCUGUGUGGAUGCUGCAGCUGCCAGAGGAGUGCGCUUCUUGCCUGACAGUGUGUUUUGGACGAGGCAGGUCUACCAGGACUAAGGAUAGCACAGAACUUUCAAAGAGCUAAUUGCUAGCCUCUAGCAGGUCCAGACUGGACCUUUAUCUCUGUAGGUGAAGGUCUUUCAGCCUCCCUGGGACAUGUCAUUCUGUUCUUGCCUUUUGGCGCUGACUGUAUUUGGCCACUGCAGUGGAGGGGUGUCCCCACACCUCUGCUCAGCCCUUCCAGGUAGGAAGGAGCUGGUCUUGGCACAGCUGCUGAACCAGAAGCAGCUCUGAGUCUCUCCUGUGUUUUGGGUCUCUCUUUGCCAUUGUACCACGUAUGUUUUGCCCACAUGGAGCUGGUUCUGCUGCACUGUUCCUUCCCCUGUGGGGACAGUCCAUGCUGAUCAGGAGGUGACUGAUCCUCUACUGGUAACUCUGCCACAUGCAGUUUCCAGCGAUCUCCCAGGAGCUGCACAUGGACUGUCUGCUCUAAGCAGUGGAGGUGCUCUCCUCUUGGUGCAGGAGAGUUCCAGCGACACAUUCCUUGCUCAACCUUCCCUAUGGGGCCCAGCUAAAUGCAGUUGUAAGAAUGGGGCUGACUUGCUGUGGGAAUAGGGGCUCUGACACAUCCAGGAGACAGUAAAGCCAUGUGACUGAAUACCAGACUGUGUUUGCUCUGCCUAAUUAUCAAAAGUAUGAGUUUGUUCUGCUAGGUGCACAUUAUGCCUUUAUUGUGGUGUAAUUAUGCCAGCUGCCUAUGUUUAGUGUCAUAAAAAGGAAUAAAAUGCCCAUUACCCGCCUAAAGAAUUCUUCUUGUGGUUUUUUUUUAUUUUUAUUGCUCUGGAGUACACAGUGGGGAUAUCUUUGGUCGGCAAUUCUCCAUGCAAAAUAGCUAGUGAAAUACUGUGCCUUUCCGAGAGCUCCUCCAGCCAGCAGCCUGCAAAGGCAGCUGGCCCACGAGCCUCACCUGGCACUGCCUCUGUUCCUUUCUGCCAGCCCGAUCUGGUAGUCAAAAUGGUGAAGCCACCACCGUGCCUUCUUCUGCAGGAGCUCAACUGUUUUCCAGCAGCAUUUUCCUGCUGCCAUCUAGAUCCCAAAGCUCCCUCCUGCUGACACAGCACGUGAGAGGUGCAGGAUGCUUUCCAAGCCUGGGAAAAGAUGCAGCCUCUCUACCUGCUGACCUGCUCAGGAAGACACAAUGGUGCCUAGGUCUGGCUGAGGUAUUUUUGGGCAGAAUGCCGUGUUAAGGAGUCCCGUGCCAUGGGGAAGCACUUAAGGUUGUUGAGGGAGCAGCCCAGAGAGAUGUGCGGGUGGGAGCCACGCGUUCUUUUGUCCUGCCUCAUCUGGAACCACAAGCCAAGUGUCAUGAACCUACCAAUGGCCUGGUGGUGCUCUUGCAAGAGCAGGGAUACCAAGCCUCAUCCCCCAGCCAGCCCACAGCCCCUGCAAUUGGGUUUUGGCUGCUUUGAGGUUUCCUGUGGUGUCUAAAGAUCUGGGGCCAUGUUUCUGUGGUGCUGAGAGAUGCCUCAAAGGAGCCACAUCCUCCAAGAGCUGAGGUUCUGUGCAAACAUCAAUUACUGAAACACAUCCUCUGCCAGGGAACAGCAGCAGGGGGCUUGCUUUGUGUGUGUAAAUCCUAGGGGCAUAUUGGUGAUAUUAAGUAAUUUCUGUCGGAAAAAAAAAAUAAAGAAAGCCCCAUAUCCAAAUCCCACAUCUUCAGAGGUUUUUAAAAGCUGCCUCUCUGCCUUUCCUUCUUCUAGGGUUUCAGUCCCUAAUUGGAAACUGACUUUUCUAGCCUCAUUAGAAAUGGUUAGUACUGGCUAUAGAUAGCUCUUAAAUGUAUGGUUUCAGUGGAUGUUAAAUCUCUUGGGUUAGUUGGCUUAUUUUUCAACUCGAUGUUAUGUUCGGCAGGUCCCUGAUCCCCCCAGCCCAGCUGUGCCACAGAUACCUCACACAACGUCCCUCUUAAUUCCCUCCACUUAUUUUUUACGUCAGAUGUUCCUUGAAGUGGCCUUCACAGUUCUCCACCCUUUAAGCCGAUGACUACGUCAGGGGAAGAUGGACUUGUGCCUCCCCGCAGCUUCAUUGCAUAUGCACACGCUGUCUGCCCCGGCGGCACGAUUGCCUCGGUGAAGAAUCCAAGGGGCUGCUGAUAGCAAUCAUUGAUUAAGAGGGUAAUUGUCCUGAAAAUUCAGAUUGAUCAAAAGGCAGAAAUGAUAACUUGUGUAACUGUGUUUAAAACCACGUCCUGUCAAUAGGGGAGACUGAGACGUGGCGAGCAGAAAGCAGGGAGAAUUGGAUGUGCAAGCAGGUGAGUGUGCCUGUGGUUCAGGGAGGAGGGGGAGCCAUUCUUCCUUGGGGUCCAUAGCAGGAUGUUUCUUGUCACUGACGCUGGGCUAUUGGAGAUUCAAUCACUUUUAUCUUCCCCUCUCUCUCAAUCCAAAUGCCUUUUCAUAUUAGAAAAUUAGAAUCAGCUCUGCUCAUGCAAGAUUUAUUAGCUCUGCUGAGCAAUACCACAGAAGAGUAAAUGAUGUCGCAUUUCAGGGGCUUUUUACACAUUAUGACCAAACUUGCAACUUCUUAAGUAUUUUUCCAUUGAGCCACUGCAGGAUCUUAAAGGGAUGGGGAGACAAACUUCUCUCUGGAAAUAGUUCUGCACCAGUUCAGAUGUCUUUUCUUUAUUAUCAGAAUGAUUGGAUUUGGAUUCUAAUACAGAUCUUUUCUUUGGGCUCAGUUUCUGUGCUUAUUACUCUGGGAAUCAAACUCUGAGAACUGAGCCUGUUUAUCAAAUUAUUUUCUUGGGUCCCUUUGUAGAAACUCUUUUUGGUGCUAAAAUGGGUGUCUUUGGAGCUCUGCUGCUAGCUGGCACUCAUUUACAUCUGAAGAAGGCAAAUCUUGUUUCCUGCUCACUUUUUUUCCAUUGUGUUUUGCACUGGGUGGCUUCUUUUAAAAAUGCCUUCUGACCUUGUGCUGUACACAGCUCAUGUUUUGGUAGUGAGGGUCCUUUAGUCUUCAGGUAGUAGAUGUUAAAGCUCUUUAAGGACAUGAAUGAAUUUAGGCUCAUACCACUCAACAGAUAUUAUUGUGGGGAUACUGAGGCAUGGGGGAUUGGUGAUUUUCCUGUGAAUCCAUAUCAAAGAUUGAAACAGAAAUUAGGUCUCAUCUCUCCUGCCUCUGGACUUCAGCCACAAGGCUUGUUUGUGAGGCUUUUCACUUUCAAAUUGCUUUGCAGGCAUUAAAUCCACGCAGCAUCCUCGUGGGCUGGCUGCACAGGAGGGUCACUCAGCCACAAGAGUCAGAACUACCAGUUGCUGGGAGCCUCUGCCUGAGCAGCUGUUCAGUUUUUCUCCCCUUCUCAAAAAUUAAAGCACUUGAGAUACACAGUAUUUCCCUGAUGCUGCCUACACAAAUCCCUGGUGCUCUGCAGCAUUUUCACCCCUUUCAGAAUGGGCAUUUCGUAUGUAGCCCCUACACAAAAAUGGCUGUUGCCAAGGUAAACACCAUUUUCCUGCUAGUCUUUAUCAGUCCCUCCGGCGCUGGAAAUGCCGCGGCCCAGGCCCGGCCCGGUGGCCACAGGUGCAAGCUGCCGCUGCUCUUCUGGGUGUUCAGUCCAGAGCAGGUUUAAAAAGGUCCAAAGAAAAGGGAAAAAACCACAGUCCAGGGAACUUCUUUGCCUCAGCUAGCUAAAACUAACUAAAACAAAGGAGAGCUCUGUCCCGCUGUCUGUCCAUCCGCAGACAACAGUCCAGGAGCAGGAAUGUGGAGGAGUGAGAGCAGUGUCUGAAAACAAACUGUGCACUUCUUCUCUCCCCCCUUCACUCUUUGGAGCAAGUCUUAAAGGUGCAAAAUUAUUAUUCACCAUAAACAGAACAGGGAUAAAAGCAUCAUAUAGUCAACCUAGGACAGGAAUAUUCUCAAAAAGGGAGCAAAUUUUUCUCCAGCCAUCAUUAUUUAGGAAAGUAGACAGCACCACACAGGGAUACUGAUGCCACUGCUCAAGUGUCUCACACCAAAACCAGCAUUAAACAACAGAAGCUGGAAUCAGGCUGUGGAAGGGAAUAGUUCGUUCAUAGCUUCAUCUGCUGUCAUUAUGGUGUGGUGGAGCCCAGCACCUGCAACUGAGCUUCUGCCAGUCUUUUGUCUAUUUGGAUCUGACUUUUUCUUGACAUGGCUGAGCUGCUGGGAGGAUUGCAGUGCAGACAGGGUGGAGGAGAGGUUUGGGCAGCCUCAUGGAUAAGGCUCCAAAUGCUCAGCAGCAUCCUCUGCAAGUGUAAAGGCAUUUUAACAACAGGCAGUACUAAUUACAUUUAAAAUAACAACAUAUUUGGACCUGUCCAAGUGCCAGCCUAACUUGGUGCAAAGUUUUGCCAUUCAUUUUAACAAAAGCCCUUUCUGAAGAGCUGCUUAGAACUGUGUGUGGCUGGCAGGGAGGUUUCUCAUCAGGUGUCAGUGCUUGGGAGGCAGAAACACUUGACAGGCAGAAGGACUUGACUUCUUCCCCUUCCAUGUACAAGCACUAUGUAUUAUUCAGGGUCUUCUUGAGUCAAUGCUGGGUUAUUAAUCGGUCGUUUCUCUGCAUGUUAAAUUUGCCUACUAAUUUCGAGGCUCUGGAAGAGGACUGUGGGUAUGAGAUUGCACAGUAUUUUCUUUCCCUCUGUGAGUCUCUGAACACCCGUGUGUGCAAUCUGCUGCACCCCUUUGCUUUGAGUUCAGAUGACAUAGUUCUGCCUGUGCAGCAGCUGCAUGAGGAUGUGAGGUCUGGGUUAUUGAUGUAAUGUUCCAGUUUCCAGAUAGUCACGGAUGAUGGGGGGAGCAGGGGCAGCACUGGAGCAAUAAAAGCCUUGUUGAACCUUGAGAGACUAAGCAAGACUCCCCACACACCACCUCCUAAGGACUAGGGGUGGUGCAGUCUCAGUUGUCACUCUGGUGUGGUGUCCAGGUAUGGGGCAGGCAUUGUACACAGGCCAGGAAGGGUUUGAUCCAUGACAUAGAUGCUAUCCACCUCCCCUUGGCUCCUGCUCUGUUUGCAGACUGAUGUAAUGAGUUAUUUGCAGCUGGUUUGGAGACAGCCUCUUGUCUUGGGACUCUCUCUCCCCUGUACCCCAGCCAGACUUUAUGCUCUGGUCUCCUCUCCCUCCACAAGCUCUGGCGGUGCUGCCUGUGGUAGGCAAGGCACGUGGGCCAGUAGCGCCUGCACGUUCCAGGAAUCACGUCAGCUGUCAUUACUUACAUUACCUUGAUUGGGAACAGUCAGUUAUGUCACCGUUCAUCAUCGCCUCUCUCCCAGGAGAGGCUGAGGAAGGAGGAGAGGAGCAGGAAUUAUAAAGCGCUUCUGCAGUGCUCUGCCAAUCCCACUGCUCUGUUGGCUGAACAUCUGUCAUCAGGCAGCUUGAAGAGAAGGUGCUUUGUCUGAUGGAUCUUCCCAUUGUAGCCCCACAGGGAGGAGCCUUCUGCAACACCAGGACUGCCCCAUGGGAAGAGCACUGGGGACUCUUACAGAGUUUAACAUGAAGGGAAUAAUGCUGCUGCCUGGGAAGCUCUGUGGGGUACUGCAGCAGAGCAUGCUGGGCAGCUGGGGCCGCAGGAUGGGCUCUCCUGGCUGAGG